AAGUACUGCAAAUGGUUACUGGAACUGACUAACGUAGUCACCGAGUCCGCGAUCUGCCUCCAGCUGAUCGACUGUUCACGAAGAAGCAGUAGGUUACUGCCAUGGAGAGUAAGGAGAUGUCGCUAUCGUAGUGUCUACUUCACAUUAACCUGUUACUGAGACCGGUUUAAAAUGGUAAAGGAAAAACCAAAUUCCACUCGAAUUUACGACGAAGAAGGCUUUAGGAGGAGAGCAGCUUGCAUCUGUGUAAGAAGUGAACUGGAAGAUGAGGUGCUACUGGUGACGUCGUCGCGCCGGCCCGACCACUGGAUCAUCCCCGGCGGCGGCGUCGAGCCCGACGAGGAGCCCAGCGUGACGGCCAUCCGCGAGGUGCGCGAGGAGGCGGGCGUCUGCGGCAAGCUGGGCCGCUGCCUCGGCGUCUUCGAGAACAGUGAGAGGAAACACAGGACUGAAGUUUUUGUGCUGGUUGUGACUGAAGAACUGUCGGACUGGGAGGAUGCAAGGACAAUGGGUCGCCAAAGGAAAUGGUUCAGUGUGGAAGACGCGCUGGAGCAGCUCUCCCAGCACAAGCCUGUGCAGCUCACGUACCUGCAGUCAUUGCUCUCUUGUCGCAAUGACAAAGUUACUUGAGGCCGCAACCUUCUGCUGAGCAUAUAUGCCUACAGGUUUUGUGUGUGUGUGUGUGUGUGUGUGUGUGUGUGUGUGUGUGUGUGUGUCCUUCUCAUUUUCCCAGUUACUGCUGGGCUUCACUUUAAUUGUAAUAAAGUAAUUGUCAUUUAUUUGGUAUCAGAAUUCUUGCUUAAAAUGAAUUUUGCAGUCAGUUGUCAUACUUACUCAAAAAUAUAUUUUACUGUGUCAGGUACAGUUAUAUCGCCAUUGUUUAAGACCCACAGUAUCUGCUUUUAAUCAUUUCUGUUAGGGAUAUUAGAUUUGUACUUGAGAAUGACGAUUCUUUAAAUAUAUUUACUAUGCUUAGAUUAAAUAUAAAUAUGAUAUAAACUUCUGGCAUAAAUAGAGUACCUAUCAAGUUAUAUCGAUCAGUAGUAAUCAGUACUGAACAGUGCAGUUACAAAAUUGUAUUUGUAGGAAUAGCUUAUAGGUAAACCAUUGAAUCUCAUCAUAUUGUUUCUUUGAAAUAAGACAAAUGUUAUUGGUCAGCCCUGAGUAACUGGGAAUUGGAGAAGUAGUGACUAUAAGAAGACAUCAUGGCAUCCAUAUUGCUUUCAGAUUGCUUGUGCUGCAAAUUACAGUUCCAAGAAGUGAUUCAUAGUACUCAGACAAAUGUAUCACCAGGACAAAUAUACCUGAAGCUUAUUAACUUUAAUAAGUUCUGAAAAUUUUUACUCAUUAUGGGAACAGAUAGUGUCUUAAAUGGUGUAGGGAAAGUACUCCAGUAUUCAGAUAACUAUGGGCACUGUGUCACUAUUAAAUGUAUAGGUAUUUGCAUUUCUUUAUUGCUUCAGUUUCUGUAACAGUGGCAGUGAGUGAGUGAGUGAGUGAGUGAGUUAGCGGAAGUUAAGUUGGGAUUAGAGAAGUGCAGCAGUCACAUAAUAAUACUUAGAAUUGAGAAGGUUUUGUUGGCUAUCAGUAGCUGCAUUAAUCUCUCUCUCUCUCUCUCUCUCUCUCUCUCUCUCUCUCUCUCUCUCUCUGUCUGUCUGUCUCUCUCUUUCUAGCCAUUCUAAAUAGAAUUUUAUAUUUACAUCAGAUUUUUAGAACAAUAAUGCUAAUAAUUUAAAACAAAAUUUUUGCCGAAGGAAGGCUUGUGACAGUUUCAUAAAAUUAUCAGUUUACUUAAACUAUUGUUGCAUUUUUAAAAUUCUGUGUGCAGUCCAACAGUACAAAUUGAUUUCUUAUUCCUUUGAGGCACAUAUUGGCACUACAGCACAGACCUUUGCCUAGUCUAGAAGGCUGAUCGUAUGUUGAAUGUAUUGGGUCAGUUUCAGUGAAACACAGGUAUGUAUAGAAUGACUUAAGGUCAAGUAAAUGUCACUGUUGCUUAUGAGAUGACUGUUAAAAGUUGCAUUUCAGAAAAUAUGGCACUUUUAAUUUGUGAUCAUUUUUGUAUUCAAAUGUUUAGUUGUUGUUCACUAGGGUUCAGUGUUGCCUGGAUAUAUUUCCUGAUACAGUAUGCAUUCAGUAUGAAGUACACCAUAGUUAAGACUGCAAAUUUAUAAAGAACACAAAGAUAAGAAGCUGUACAAAACCAAAUGUAGGAUAAUCACAUUGUAUUUCUCACGUCAGUCGUAUAUGAAUGUAGUGUGUAAUUCAAAUGCUCAGAAAAGUGUAUCUUCCUUAAUUUUCUUGAUGAAAUGUACGAUUUUUUUUUUCUAUUAGAUGAGUAGUAUAGCUGCCACAUGUAAAUGAAGUCUUCUGUUUGCCAUGGAAAACUUCAGGAUGUAAUACUCCUCAGAGAUAUUCAUUGUGUUUAAUAUUUUCUGUUAAGAAAGAAAUUUGUGUUCAGUUUUGAUAUUACACAAGAGUGCAUUGUAUUGUAUAAAACAGAUCGAGGUUUUGUUUUCUGAAGACUGGGGUAUUAAAAAAACUGGGGCAAAGUGCCACGGAGGUUUUGUAACUAGUGUCGUACAGACCAGGUAAUUUACUGAGAGAAAGAGGAAAGAAAGAAAUGUAAAGUCUCUUUACACUGCUUGUAUUUUUUAAAAUAAAGACAGCAAAAAUUG